UAAUUGUUUGCUACAUGAAGAAAGGGAUGCCAGAAGGGCCAUCCGUGAGGAAGUUUCACCAUUUGGUGUGCCCGUUUGUGGGGCAGCAGGUGGUCAAGACGGGGGGCAGCAGUAAGAAGCUAAACCCUGCCAGUUUCCAGUCCCUGUGGCUCCAGGACACCCAGGUCCAUGGAAAGAAAUUAUUCCUUAGAUUUGAUCCAGAUGAAGAAACUAGGUCUCCUGGCAACAACCCACUGCCAAAACCUCUACAAAAAGGAGAGAGGAAGGAAGGGGCUGGGGACCAAAAGCAGACCUUGGGUCCCGACAUCCAGAAAGUCUCAGACCAGUCCUCCCAGUCUCCAGAGCUUGUCUACAGUGGAGACAAUGGUUCGGAGUGUUUGGGAGGAGGCAGCCCUGCAGGGGUUGCUGAGAGGUGGCUGCAGAUCCGCUUUGGUUUGUUUGGCAGCAUUUGGGUGAACGAAUUCUCCAGAGCAAAGAAAGCAAACAAGAGGGGUGACUGGAGGGACCCCAUUCCAAGGUUGGUCUUGCACUUUGGCGGUGGUGGCUUCCUGGCAUUUUAUAAUUGUCAGCUGUCUUGGAGCUCUUCCCCACUGAUCAAACCCACCUCUGACAUCUUGUCUGAAAAGUUCCAUCGAGGACAAGCCUUGGAAGCACUGGGCCAGGCUCAGCCCGUCUGCUAUACACUGUUGGACCAAAGAUACUUCUCAGGCGUAGGGAACAUCAUUAAGAAUGAAGCCUUGUACAGAGCUGGGAUCCAUCCCCAAUCUCUUGGUUCACUCCUCAGUCCUCAGCAACUUGAGAUCCUCGUGGAUCAUGUGGUGGAGUUCAGUGCCGACUGGCUUCACGGCAAGUUCCAGGGCAGACAGCAGCACACGCAGAUCUACCAGAAGGAUCAGUGCCCUGCCGGCCACCGGGUCAUGAGGGAGGCCUUCGGGCCUCCAGGUGGCUUCCAGAGGCUCACCUGGUGGUGCCCACAGUGCCAGCCCAGGCUGUCCCCUGAUGAGCUGGAGCAAGGUCAGCUUUCCUAA